GGAUGAACUAGACUUGAUGAGGAACAUACACAAAAAAAUUGAGCAAAAAAUACCACCGGGAAGGCCCCCAAAUGGAGGAGGCCGGACGGGGCUGCUGUCCGGAAUUUCCGGACAGGAAUAAUCCUAUAUAUAUAUAUUUAUUUAUCGGGAGAAUUCAAAUAAAAAGGAGUCUUAACGUGUAAAAUGAGAAUUAAUCUGAGUCGUCCAAUUUUUCAAUCUGAUGCACAAUAGUCCUUAUCUAAUGCACUAUGCAUCAGAUAAGGUUUGAUGAACAGUGCCUGAGAUAAGGACUAUUGUGCAUCAGAUUGAAAAAUUGGACGGCUCAGAUUAAUUCUCAUUUUACUCGUUAAGCUCCAGUGCCGUAAAAGCUCCCACCUACUGUGGGGUAAGAGGGGGUCAGACUAAAAAUCGCAUUUUAGUCUUACCUCUGUACUAAAGCACAGGGAGACUGUUUGCGGGUGACCCAUAGUGAAAAUCGCGUCGAAAAUUGCAUGGACUGACUGCUUCAUAACUAUGAAGCGCAAACAAUUUAGUGAGCCAUUUUGCUUUAUUCCAUCAUAUUCCCAAGCCAAAAAAUAGUGAGUCUUUGGCUCCAUUGGAAAUGAUGGAAAAUAUAUAUAUAUAUAUAUAUAUAUAUAUAUAUAUAUAUAUAUAUAUAAAGAUAAAAGGAUAAAAAAUAUAAGAAAGAAAAAGAAGAUAAAGGGAAAAAAAGAUGCAAGAGAUUAAUCCGCCACGCGGAAUAAAUAAAAAAAAUAUAAUUAGGAUGUCCAAUUUACAGUAGUUGUAUACCAAAACUAAAAGCUUGUCCCUUGCUUCAUGUUUUUACUCUUUUAGGCUUUUAUAAUCUCAUUUUCUACUAAAAAUGAAUAUCAUACAUUUAUUGCGUAACCAAUUACUUUGACUUGGUGAUAGGUAUGGAUUUAGCAAAGAAAUUGUGGAAUGUCCUGGUACGGUUGCUAUGAAAUUUCUCACGGGAGCUGUCUUAUUUUUAUUUUUGCUCUGUAUUUUCUUGUCUAGUUUCCCUUACCUCUUCUUUGGUUGAAAUAAGGUGGUAAAAUGUAAAUGGAAGAGUUCAAUAAGAUGUUAGGUUUGAUUCAAUAGAAGAGUAUGGUUGAAUUAUUAUUUUCAAAAAUAUAUCUAAAUAAAAGUGAAGUACAUUUGGUACAACUUUUAUCUUAAUAAUUUUUAUAGUAAUCAAUAUGCAUAACAAAAAUUCUGUAGAACAGAUUUUGAUGAAAAAGAUUAAAUGAAAUUCACAAAAAGAUCAUUCCUCCAAUAUACCCCAAUUUGGAGGAGUAAGCUCAAGUGCUCAAGUGAGUUAGAGGAGCUCAUAGAUCCUCCACUUUCCUCACCCCCUUCUUGAAUCCCUCCCCUCUCAUCCAAAGUCCUCCAACCAAGCAAGGGCUGAUUCAAAACUUGAGCUUUUAGAGUUGUGUACUUCUGUUGUUGUUUUUACAUAGCAGCUUACUGGCCAUCAAGAGUCCGGGUUUGUGGUUUUUGGUUUCUUCCCAUUGAUCGCCUAUUCUCAUGUAACAAAUGUUUGGAAGGAUCUGCAUUGGCUUCUACAGAGUUAAAAGCAAAAAAUGGGUUGUGUCUUGCUCACACCAGAUUGCAAUACUUCUUGAGUACUUCUGAACAACACCCGCCACCAAUUUUCAUAAGUCUCAGUUCUGUUGGAAGCAUGGGCUUUAUGACGGACCCUUGGGCAUUUCUUCGGGUACUUGGACAUGUUUUGGAAAUCACAAGUUACAGGUUUAUUCUGCUGUCAGCUGGAUAUAAGCCUUUAAACGACGUAAUCCAACUGUGUGCUCAAGAAUCAUCUUCAUGUUCAGAACAAACACCAUGCAACAAUGAUGAUGGAGUUUUUCUUUUCAAUGGCCGGUUUCUUUCUUUACCAGGUAGUUCUAUAUCGUACCAGUGGUUGUUUCCAAGAUGUGCUGCUGCAAUCCAUCACGGGGGAAGUGGGUCCACUGCUGCUGCACUGCAAGCUGGAAUUCCUCAGGUGAUAUGUCCAUUCAUGCUGGAUCAGUUCUAUUGGGCAGAUAGGAUGUUUUGGCUUGGGGUUAGUGCAGAGCCGCUGAAAAGAGAGCACUUGGUACCGGACACAAAUGAUAGCUGCGGCAGCAGCACCAAAGAAGGAGCCAAAAUGCUUGCGAAGGCCAUAAACUUUGCUCUCUCUUCUCAGGUUAAAAAACGGGCAUUGCAGCUUGCAAUCACUCUGUCUACUGAGGAGGAUGGAGUAGCACAGGCAGUGAAGAACUUGACUGAAGAGCUUGGCGGAGGAGAUAUGGUAAACUGGUGAAGUGCACUUUCGCGGAAGAUAAGCAAAGAGCCAUCCCCCCACACUAAUGGAAAGUUUUGCAAAUUUUUUCUGGAACUGGAAGAUCUUUCCGUGAUCUUCAACAUAUCCGGGGUUCAAUGUGACCAUGUGGUGUAUCCAUUUAUUUCCUCCAUAUCCCGUCAAUUUGGAGAAGUCCCCUGGAUGUUUUCACGACGUGUAAGGUACAGUCAUUUGCUUUGAAAAUCCACUAAGUUUGCAACGUGGUUAAGUUAAAACCUUUGAAGGAUUGUACCACUGCCGUAAUAAUUAGUUAUGUGUAAAUGUUGUGUGGUGUGAUUGUCAUGUAUGUUUGGUGUCUUGUUUGGACUAGAUUCUUACCCGUGUGAUGCAUGGAUCAAAAUUAAGCCUCAAUUAUCUUUUAUUAUUUGUUAACAUUAUUAGUGAAAGAAUUAUAUAGUCCGGUGAAAGCUAGUACGAGC